AUGGGAGGCUUUGGUGGCUUCGGCGGUGGCUUCGGGCCAUAUAAUGGCGGUGGAUACGGCGGCGGUUAUGGCAUGGGUGGCUACGGCGGUGACUACGGCGGUUACGGCGGUAUGGGAGGCAUGGGCCCGUACGGAAAUGGCGGACCAUAUGGAGGAAUGAGCGGAUACGGCGACGGUGGAUACGGAUACGGCGGCGGUAUGGGUGAUUAUGGGAUGGGUGGAUACGGCGGUCCCAUGGGCGAUUUUGGUGGCUACGGUGGCAUGGGAGGCUAUGGAAUGGGGGGUCCAGGAGGUUACGGCAUGGGUGAUUUCGGUGGUUAUGGUGGUGGUAUUGGCGGCUAUGGAGGAAUGGGUGGAGGAUACGGAGGAAUGGGAAUGGGAGGCUACGGAGGUGGCUACGGAGGUAUGGGCGGCGGCUACGGUAUGGGUGGGAUGUAUGGUGAUUCAGAUUAUGGAAUGAGCAGCUAUUCAGGCGGUGGUGGCGGAUGUCCAAACGGCAACUGCAGAGGCAAAAAAUAA